UUGUGGUGGUAGUUCUUCCACGACUGAUCUCAAGGAGAGGAACCGCUACUAAUUUCUACCAUAUUUUAAGCGAAGCACAAUUGUAACGAAUCGUUUCUAAGACAUGUCACAUCAAACAGGAAUCAAAGCAAACGAUGCACUCAAGAAAUUAUUUGCCAAAUGCCGGGAUGGAAAAAUACGCGUGUUGAAAGUUUCAAUUGAAAACGAAGAACUAGCGCCCGCUGCUUUUUCAAAACCAGCAAACAAGUGGCAAGAUGAUUAUGAUAAAAUGAUUAAACCUCUGAUCGUUGAGAAUCAACCUGCCUAUAUUCUUUAUAGACUCGAUACUAAAUCUCCUGAUUCCGGGUAUGAUUGGUUAUUCAUUUCGUGGUCACCUGACACUGCGCCAGUUAGGCAAAAGAUGCUGUACGCAUCUACUAAAGCUACUUUGAAACAGGAAUUUGGCACAGCAUCUAUAAAAGAAGAAUUGCAUGGUACAGUGCCAGAAGAUAUAACGCUAGAAGGUUAUCAUAAAUAUAAAAGAAACGAUGCUGCUCCGGCACCGCUAACCACAGCAGAAGAAGAAUUAGCGGAACUUAAGAAAACUACGGUUACUACUGAUUAUAGCGUGGAAACGAGACAUCAGACAUUGAGCGGGGUUGCUUUUCCUGUAACAGAUGAAGCAAAACAGGCGAUCACAGAUCUUGGUAAAGGCAUACACGAAUAUGUUCAACUGAAGAUCGAUUUAGAAGAGGAAAAGAUACAUUUAGUUACAGCUUGUGAUGUUUCAUUGGAUAAACUACCGACUAAAGUUCCAUCAGAUUCUGCCAGAUAUCAUCUUUAUAAUUUUAAGCAUACUCAUGAAGGAGAUUACAUGGAAUGUAUAGUUUUUAUAUAUAGUAUGCCAGGAUAUAGUUGUAGUAUCAAAGAAAGAAUGCUGUAUUCAUCGUGUAAAGCGCCUCUUCUAGAUCUUAUACAGUCGCUUGGAGUAAGCAUAACAAAAAAAGUAAAUGUAUAAAAAGUCCAGUGAGUUGACUGUGUGAAUUAGUUCCUAGUCCAAUGAAAAGUGAUAUAUAUUAUAAGUCUCAUUUUCGUAUUUGUAAUUUUAUUAAGUGAAACUUGAAGGCUUGACUUUCAAAUUCGGUCAGGCACUUGCAUAGAAAUUAGUGAUAUAGAAUAGAGUGUUUUAAACAAAUAUCUGUGGUAACUUGCAUACCUUAUGUGAUUAUUAGAGAAAGAAAGAGAGAAAGAGAGUUAGGGAAAAUUCCAUGCGCUCUAGUUAGUUGAUGCCACUCACCUAACUUCUCUGCAUAAAUAUAUGAAAAUAUAGCAGACAAGUGAUAUAUAUGUGCAAAUACCACAAUGAAAUGUGGAUAUAUUUUCUUUGCACACAAUUAUCAUUUUUUAAUGCAAACUAGUGAUAAUACUAGUUACUUUACAUAUGUAUUAAAUUAUAUAUCAUGUUCUAUAUUAUUGUAAAUGAUACAAAAUAUUAGAUUCCACAAAUAUGUGUACGAAGACUGAUCUUGGUAUGUCCCAUUGGCUGUAUAGUCUAGAAAUCUUGUGGUGUUCAAAUUCAUGUAGGUUGAAGUGUUUUCCAUACUUCCUCCAAAUUUUUUUUUUGUUAAUCGUUUUUCUCCUACUUUCCAAGUUCGAGUAAUCUAAAUGGUAUAAAAUAUAAUACUCAGUUUAUGACAAAGCAAACAAAUGUUUUUAUAUAAAAGGAAAAGAAAAAUGUAUGCACUGAGGUAUGAUUUAAUGAAUGUUGCACAAUCAAUUGUGAUAAGUUAUAUUAACUAUCUUCCAAAGGAAAAUGUAUUUUUAAAUUCCUUAAAUACAUUCCUUAUACAAAAUGUAUAGCAAAUGGGACUAUAAAUUUAAUAGCCAGCAACAAGAUAUUCAAGAGCAUUCUAUUUUUCGUGAUCUGUAUUUUUUUAACUCUCGUAGCUUUUUAUAAACUUUUUAAAAAUUUUCGUCCACAACACAAAUGAACAAUUACCAGAAAGAAUUUGGCCUAAUUUUAAUGAUAAUAAUGAUAACGAAGUGCGCCAAAUUCUUGAUAUUGAUUUAGUUUAGCUAAAUAAUAAAUGAGUGAUGAUAUAUACAUAUAUAUAUAUUUAAACCGAUGCUGAAGUUAUACUCAAAAUAUAAUAUUUCCAAAACUGUUGCUUAUGUCUCGAAUCUUAAUGUACUCAUAACUUACUAGUUCUAUAUUGUUCAUGCUAUUUUAUUCCACCAUUUUCAACGUUUUAUUGUUACUUGUGAAAUAUAGAAUUUGGCACACACAUGUAUACUAAUUAACAAAAAGAAAGAAAGAAGAAACAAAGAAAAGCUUUUUGCAAAAUGCUCAAAAACUGUUAAAAUGUGUUCCAUAUUUAGAAACCACGCACAUUGUUAGCCUGGACAUAGUUUAAUUUAUAACAUUGUACCAGGCCUAUUCUGUAAGUUUUUAGUAUAUCUUUAUUUUCAACCUGUUAGUAUAUAAUUAUAGGUUCAUUAUCGAAUAAAUUGUAUAUCUUGCCAAUAUUAAACAUGCUACAAAUAAUAAAGCAUUAUGCAAUUUAAUCUUGCA